UUCGCGCGGCCCGGGUGAGCAGCAUCGGUCCGUCCCGGUGCCCGGGGCUGCCUAAGCGGGGAAGGGCGGCGGGCAGGAGACCGCGUCCCGGGCCGGGCCGAACCAUGUCGGACACGUGGAGCUCGAUCCAGGCCCACAAGAAGCAGCUGGACUCGCUGCGGGAGCGGCUCCAACGGCGGCGGAAACAGGAUCCGCUGGACCUCAGGAACCCAGAGCUGGCGUCACCUUUCCGCAGCGACAGCCCAGUGCCCACAGUCCCCACACCCAGCAGCGCAGCUAGAGAGCUGGCCACUGACCCUGAGCUGGAGAAGAAGCUGCUGCAUCACCUCUCGGACCUGGGGCUUGCACUGCCCACCGAUGCCCUCUCCAUCUGCCUGGCCAUCUCCACGCCGGAGGCCCCCGUCACCCAGCGCAGCGUGGAGAGCCUACUGCAGAAGUUCGCGGCUCAGGAGCUGAUCGAGGUGCGCCGGGGGCUGCUACAGGAUGACGAGGAGCAGCCCACCCUGGUCACCUAUGCUGACCACUCCAAGCUCUCUGCGAUGAUGGGCGCCGUGGCUGAGCGGAAGGGCCUCGCUGAGCCAGGCAGCGCUGGGGGCCAGAAGCGCUGGGCAGAGCAGGAUGCUGGGGGUGCUGUUCCUUCCCCAGCCGGUGCCACUCCCUCUGCCUUGACCACCUUGGAGCUGGCCAAGGAGCCGGCCAAGAAGUCUCGGAAGCAGGCGUCGGACCUGGACCUGGAGAUCGAGAGCUUGCUGAGCCAGCAGUCCACCAAGGAGCAGCAGAGCAAGAAGGUGAGCCAGGAGAUCCUGGAGCUACUGAACACAACCACGGCCAAGGAGCAGUCAAUCGUGGAGAAGUUUCGCUCGCGGGGCCGUGCCCAGGUACAGGAGUUCUGCGACUAUGGCACCAAGGAGGAGUGUAUGAAAGCCACAGACGCUGAGCGGCCUUGCCGCAAACUGCACUUCAGGCGCAUCAUUAACAAGCACACAGACGAGUCUUUGGGCGACUGCUCCUUCCUCAACACCUGCUUCCACAUGGACACCUGCAAAUACGUCCACUACGAGAUUGAUGCCUGUGCUGACCUGGACGCCCCCGGGGGGCGUGACCACAACGCUGGCCAGGAGCUGGCACUGCCCCAGGCGGUGGGUGGGGACCCCAGCAUCGACCGCCUCUUCCCCCCACGGUGGAUCUGCUGCGACAUCCGCUACCUGGACGUCA